AUGUCGCUCUCAAAGAAGGUCAUUAUCGUUACCGGUGCUGGGAGUGGCAUUGGAAAAGCCACGUCCUUAUUGUUGGGAGCAGAGGGAGCCUCAGUGGCAUUAUUCGACGUCAGUGCCAGCAUCUUCGAUGUGGAGGCUCAGAUCACAUCUUCUGGAGGGACCGCUAUGGCAAUCAAGGUGGACGUAAGCUCUUCAAGCGAGAUGGAUGCAGCAACAAGCACUGUUGCUAAGGCAUUUGGCCCAAUUGAUGGCGCUGCGAACCUCGCUGGCGUGUCUGGUUCAGGUUUGGUGAAUUUGGAAGAAGAAACCGACGCUGGUUGGGACCGUAUCGUCGCUAUCAAUCUGGGAGGAGUCAAAAACUCUCUACGUGCACAGCUGCAGCACAGGAAUCCGAAGGGCGCUUCCUUUGUAAACGCAUCAAGCAUCGGGGCCCGAAUUGGAUCUCCUGGAAAUGCCGCGUAUGCCGCAAGCAAAGCAGGAGUUGUCGGUCUCACCAAGUCGGUGGCCCGGGAAAUGGGCCCGCACGGUGUUCGGGUGAAUGCGAUCGCUCCAGGUAUUACAGAUACCGCCAUGGUGAGCGCUGUACCAGAGUCUAUCCGCGAGGGCUGGAGAAAGGCAAAUGUUCUUGGGAAGCUAGCCGAUCCAGUUGAGAUCGCCAACGUUAUACUGUUCCUCCUGAGCGAUAAAAGCUCGUUUAUAACGUCUGCAGUCAUUGAUAUCGAUGCAGGUCGCGUCUAG